CUUGACGAAACAAAGUAUCAUAGUUUGGCAUCAAAUAUCGUUCGUUUGACGUGACACUCGAACCCGCAUUCACUCUUAAUCGAUUCAUGAAGCACAGUCCCAUAUAAUGGGCAGCGGUGCAAAGCGACUUCUCCAGCGUUGGCUCUUGGCUCGGCCCCUACCGUAUUUGAAACAGGGCUCGACGAUUUCAAUUCGAUCAAAAUUGAAAACUGAUCUCCGUAUUCGAUCGCAUUGGAGAGAUGACGGGGAGCUUUCCUUUCUCCAGCAUUGUCACCUUCCAAGUGGCAGUGCUACAAUAGACAACGACAACCAGUCCGCUCGUAUAUUUCUAUCUAGAAAUGAAGACAAGAUGACUUCACUCGGUCGCGAAGAUCCCCAUUUAUCGAUAGAUAUACUGGAGAAAAUUGAAGUGGAAGAUUCAGUAUCAAACGGACAUAUCGGCAGCGAACCCAUAGUGACAUCACUAUCAUUGCCACCCCCGACAACAAUAGAAACUUCAGAGGAAGAGGUAGGAAAUUUGCUAACGAUAGAUGUCCCAGAUAAGAUAAAUAUUGACUGUAACCUCACAGAAGGGGGCUCUAUUUUUGUGGAAAAUAAAAUUGAGGGGGACGUUCGACUCAAAACAGCACAAGGUAAUAUUUCGGUGAAAAAGCUCAGAGGACACCACAUCGAGUUAGAUACAACGUCUAUCCAAUCCCAGGGUCAGAAAGGAGAAGAGGGUAACAGCACGAUAACCCCAUCGACUAUUUUCGUUUCAGACGUUUUGGAAAGUCAAUCUCUCCGACUUGCAGUGGAUAGAUCGUCGGUAGAUAGGAUCAGAGCCAAACGCAUUCAUGCAAACACGAUGGAGAUCCAAGCAGGAGGAGUAGGUGAGAAAGAUGAGGGUGAUGUUCCAAAUUUGACGACGUUCAGAGAAUCGCUACUUGAUGAGGACGACUCCGGAGCUAUAUGUGACAUUGGCUCCCUCUAUCUCGUAGGAGAUGCAACUGUUAAUGUUCAACAGUCUGCUGCCAGUGAUAACCGGAAUCAUGGACAGCGUCAAGCAGUUCGUAUCAAAUCUCAUCACGGCCAUGUCCACGUCCAAGUUUCAGCCCCUAAACCCAACAUCGACAACGAAUUAACUGGGGAAGCGAGACCCAUGGUUGAUUUAGGUGGCGUGAAUGGGAGUUGUGAGGUGUUUGUCUCAAGAUCCGAUAGUGAUAGCAAGUCAGCCGAUGAUGAAUGGACUUCGUGCCACGUUCACUUUGACAGUAUUGCUCCCGAUAGCGUGAGCCUCAUUGACGCCAAAGGCGGCAAUGUGCACGUAACAGUAGAUCGAAAGGUGGAGUCGGAUGUCCGACUCUUUUCUUCUCCUUCCGACGCACAUGUAGACACAGAAAUUUUAUUGCUAGAAGACAACGAAGAUGGUAGCCUCGCGGACGAAGUGACGCACAUGAUCCAGGAAAUUGAAGAUAAUGCGACGUCUGUAAAUUCCAAGGCACUUCCAAAAGCUGACAAAGGUGACUUUGAUAUUGAGACGAAUCGGAUAAAAAUAGAGACACAAGCCUUCACAUCACGAGACCGAGACGAAAGCGGACAGCUUCAGCAUUGUCAACUUGUGGAUGGAUGGGUCGAGAACACGACAUCAGAGCCAGACAGCCGUUUCGACCGCAAGAUCAGAGGCAACAGUGGAGGAGGCAAGAUCAAUCUCGGCGGAGCACAAAAUCAGGCACUGCACGGCUUUGUGUCAGAUAGAAGCGGUGCGGCCGAGGCGGCCGGAGAAGACUUUGCGCGCCCGUUGCUGGCGGUUUCUUCUACGGGAAAAAUCGUUCUUGAAACCUUAAGUUGGCUCGGGAACAUAGCCCGUCGGUAUGGGCUCGAUGAAAAUCGAAGCGAGGACGACUUGGGUAGACAAGCGACGAGACGAAAAGGAUUAGGAAGAGUAGUUCCUAAAGAAGAUUAGAAUCUUUUUGUUUCUUUCUCAAGAAAUACGUUAUGAGUGGGGAUAAUUGUUAUUGCCCGUACUGAACAAUGAUGGAUUGAAUAGUGUCACAACUUUUUCAUAAUUACAGACAUACCGGUAGAGGAACAGGAUUAAGGAUUCAGUAGGUUUGUUGAUUGGCAUACAGUUAUAAGAUACGAACCAUACGAUAUCAGGUACUUCCUCCGUCCCUGAAUGAUUGUACCCUAACACCUUUACUACUGAAAUAAGCUCAAUAUUUGGGC